GUGCGGCGGCCAUGGCGCGGGUGCUGGUGGUGGGCGCGGGGCUGACGGGCGCGGCGGGCGCGGCGCUGCUGCGCGGGGCCCCGCGGGGACAGCUGGCGGUGUGGGACAAGGCGCGGGGCGCAGGGGGCCGCAUGAGCACGACCCGCACCGACCGCGGCAGCGCCGACCUGGGCGCGCAGUUCGUCACCUGCGAGCCGGAGCUGGCGGGGCCGCGGCUCAGCUUCUACGAGGAGCUUGUCACCCACGGCAUCCUGAAGCCGCUGACGGCUCCCGUGGAGGGACUGGUGGAGAGAGAAGGCUCCCGCAAUUUCGUGGCACCCCAGGGCAUCUCCUCGGUUGUCAAGUACUAUUUGGAGCAGUCAGGUGCAGAGGUGUCCUAUGAGCAGCACGUAACUCACAUUUCCCUGCGGGAUGGCAGGUGGGAAGUCUCCAGGAAAGCUGGGCCCCCGGAGCAGUUUGAUGUGGUAAUUCUCACCAUGCCUGUCCCACAGAUUCUCCAGCUGCAGGGUGACAUUGUCAACAUAAUUAAUGAAAGUCAAAAGCAGCAACUGGAAUCUGUGAGCUACUCAUCCCGCUAUGCCCUGGGACUGUUUUAUGAGGCUGGCACGGGGAUUGGUGUCCCCUGGGCCGCUCGCUACAUCGCCGAUAAUCCCUGCGUGCGCUUCAUCUCCAUCGAUAACAAGAAGCGCAAUAUAGAGUCUCCUGAAAUGGGGCCCUCGGUGGUGGUGCACACCACUGUGUCCUUUGGCAGCGAGCACCUGGACUCAGACCCCGCCGAGGUGCAGCAGAUCAUCCUCAGCCACCUGCAGAGGCUUGUGCCCUCCCUGCCCAAACCAAGCAGCAUCAAGUGCCACAGAUGGAGAUACUCCCAGGGAUGCAUCAAGUCCAGGGCUGGGACUUGAGGACACAACCUAAGAAGAAGAGUGCUGCCUGUGCUGGAGAUUCAUCCCUUUUCCCAGGAAUGUGGUCAAAUUUCUGCCCAUCUCUGAGGGACAGAAAUGAAGCAAAGCCUGCUGAUUAAUGCAUCAGUCCCACAAAGUCCAGCAGAAUGGAAAAUUUCCCACUUCACCCUUUGAAGCCACAGGAACAAGGCCUCUCAAGACAAAUAACAAAAUGGGAGGAGGAGGAAGGCCAUGAUCCCUUGGAGCAGAGAUUCCAAAGUGGGAUGCACAAGAUGAUCCAAAGCGCAGCAGGAGGAAAUACCUGGAUGGCAGUAGCACGUUAUGUAAUUUAUAAACACACACACGCAACUGCUUAAAAAUAUUUUUUG